GCGCCGCCACCGCAUCGUCAGUCCGCGUCGGAGAGUUGCCCGCGACGCUUGUCUGCAAGCUCGAUCCCUCAGAUACGCUGCUGGUUUACGGCGUGCCGUAACACGACACGUUUGGAGGGACCGCCGCUGCUACGUGUGUGCCUGGUGCUCCAAAAAGAUUGGAUACUGUGUUUCUAGUGCUGUGACAAUGCAUUUGUGCUGAAUUUGCAAGUUUCCGUAUACACCUUAAAGGAUUUAUAACAAUUCAACCAGAUCCGGAUCAGCUCAGCCGAUCGUCGUCGUGAUGAAAGUUGUUAGCCUUCAACUGCCUUCCGGGCCAAGCAUGGAGCGAUUACCGCUACCAUUCAGCCCGACCGAGCUUCUAUGGCGGUACCCUCUACCUUGGGCGCCGCCGCCGCCUUCCCCCCUUGGCGAUACAAAAGCCCAGCUACCUGCUGGUCUACCACCAGAACCAAGACUGUGGACACGUGAAGAUGUAAUCGUUUUCUUAAAAUGGUGCGAGAGAGAAUUCGAUUUACCAAAAUUUGAUGUGGAUCUAUUCCAGAUGAAUGGUAAAGCCUUAUGUCUCUUAACUAAAACUGAUUUGGGCGAGAGGUGCCCUGGUGCUGGAGACGUAUUACACAAUGUCCUCCAGAUGUUAGUACGCGAUGCAUGUUUACUCGGAAGAGUACCAUCUUCCCCUGUGACCCCAACAGCGCGCGCCGCCCCAUACCCACCGUCGCCACAUUCUCACCCCCCAACCCCCACCUGGACAGUCGAUGGAUUCCACCACUUCCAUAGCGCUGUCGCAGCGGCCGCGCAACCUAAUUCAGUGACAUUAAGUCCGGCGCCUUCAGUGGAUAGUUCGGGGAGCCCCCAGAGGGGAGAAACUAUGUCUUAUGCUCCAACCUAUGCACCCCCAGUACCAAUAAAUGCCCAAGCUAGCUCAGGAAGUAAUCAGUCAGAUUCCGAUGAAGAAGCCCAAUUCUCGCAAGCUCCUCGUUCUCCAAAGGAAGUUCAACAGAACAGCCCUGCACCACAAACUCAUGUUGUCCCACAACAUACACACUACAGAGUUCAGCACAGGGAAUUCUUUCCUAAUGACAUGCCUGAAUCAAAUACCAAUGGAAGACUUUUAUGGGACUUCUUGCAACAACUAUUGAAUGAUCCUACGCAAAGAUACACCAAUUAUAUUGCGUGGAAAAACAGAGAAACUGGAGUCUUCAAGAUUGUAGACCCCGCAGGGCUCGCAAAACUUUGGGGCAUUCAGAAAAAUCAUCUGUCAAUGAACUACGACAAGAUGUCUCGUGCUCUCCGAUACUAUUAUCGUGUCAAUAUAUUGCGAAAAGUUCAGGGCGAAAGACACUGUUACCAGUUUCUCAGGAACCCAACAGAAUUGAAGAACAUUAAGAAUAUUUCUCUUUUGAGGCAACAAAUGGGCCAUACGCAACAGCCUGUUAAAACCGAAAUGAAGGAGGAACGUUGUGAAGAAGACAACAUGGAUGAAGAUAUGCCAACUGACUUGAGUAUAAAUACGUGUGAACAAUGGCGGAAGCGAACGUGGCCCGACUCUGCGGCCACGCCGCACGACAAACACCGCAUCAGUGCGCUCAUCGGCGACAGUAUCAUGAUGCUAAAAAGAGAUCCCGAAUAUAAUUCCGAACAAUGUGCUCUCAAUUUAAAAAGUGAAAAAUGUGAACAAUGAUUGUAAUGGACACAUGUACACUGCUAAUGUGAUGUGUUAACUGUGCGACAAACUGCUCCAUCAGCAAGUUCUAGUCAAGUUUCACUCAGAUGUUUGGGUCUUCCUCCUAAUAGAAUGUUUAUAUCUGAGAGCACUUUGACCGACUUGAGAUAGCUUUUGGAGUUGAACAGGGUAUGGACCUAAAUUAUGCCUUUGUGCCAAGUGAUUUUUUAUAUAAUAGUGUCAAUUACAUAAGUAGUUAGAAAAGGGGACUAAAGUUUAUUUGUGUUAAACUAUAUUAAUAUUUUGUGCAAUGGAACAUUUACGACUGUGGACUGACAUUUAACAGUUGCAAAUUUAAAGAUGUUGCCAAAAUGCCAAUAGCGCGAGCUCCUGUGCGCGCUCAAAAUGCAUUUUUUUUGUUAAUUUAAUUAUUAGUUACUUUAUGUUUAUCUUCGUUUUAUUUUGCUAAUAGCUGAGAGAUAAAGAGUUAUGAAAGAUUGUCACAUUAAAUAUAUUAUUGUCUUCCAUUGAUUUUAUGGCAAACGUUUCAAUUGUAGCUCGUGAAACAUUCAUUAAAGCUACCACACUACAUAUUAAAAACAAAAUUGGAGUCUAUCAAAUCAAAUUUGCUAAGAUAUUUUGGUGACAGUGUCCCACAAAUUAUUAUUAUAUAAACACUAAAUAUAAAAGACAAUAAAAUAAUUAACCUACCUAAAACAAUGCCUUGGAAUCAAUCAAAAAAUCCACUGUGAUAAAAAAGUAUGAAGUGGUAGUGUUGUAGAAUAUGCUAGGGCUUACUCAAUGAUUUCCAGCUACAAUUUUCUGUGAUCUCUUUUAACAAUAUAGGUAAAUAAAGUAAUAGAGAGUAAAAAUAUCGUGUCUGUAAAUAGUAGUUAAAAAUAAGUUAGAUUAAGUGAAGCAAAAGAGUGUAUGUAUGAUUUGUCAAACAAAAUGUGGAGCUUUAUCAAAGUACCUAGGUAUCAGUAAGAGUUAUAACAACUGAGUUUGUAUUUUUACAAUAAUUUCUAUACGGCAUCGGCCAGAUUUCCAACUUGUACACAAUACAAAUAAAUAUUAAAAUAUUGUGUCAGAUUUAUAACUUAAAAAUAAAUGGAAGUAAUGUUA